AUGGAAGGCCCAGGAAUAUCUUCAGGGAAUAAGAAUGCACCAGGCAACAAUGCCUCUUCAGAUGCUGCCCAUCAAGACACUCAGGUUGGAGGUGAGAGUGCUGCCUCCGAGAAGAAGCAAGCAAGCAAGACGAAAGCCGGUUCACAGCGAUGGGAUUCAGGAACAGACUUGAGACCUCUCAAUAUACAACGGUCGGAAUCGAGCAAUUUGCCUGCCAGCCUAGUGCCAUCGCCAGUGCAAAACAACUUCCAAGAAGACACUCCCAUGACUGGAACUUCUCCAGACCCGGCAGCCAGUUCCCUCAAAUACCAAACUCCUAAUGAGCCAACAAAAGAGCAGAACCCGUAUUAUGCCGAUGAGUGCCACUUUGCAAGCGCCUUCACAAGUGUCCAGUCUGUGAUGAAGACACAUGCAGCAAAAGGGUGGGAUACAACCAUACGCCUGAGAGGACGCUCCACGUAUCGUCUUACGAAGUAUUAUGGAAUCUAUUGGCUAGAAAGAUCGAAGCAUGAACUGUCAGAGUGUCAAGGACGAUUCGAAGACGACAAAGAAAAGGCGAACUUGGAAUUUAAAGGCGUCAACGCAUUGGCAAUCGAGUACAACCCGGAGCUUUGGCAACACCGAUUUAACAUGGAUUAUUUCUUCAACAAAAAAAACUGGGUGGAGAACAAAAAUGGGCUCUUGCGGAUGCCAUGGGCUAUGCAAGUUGAGCUCAAGUGGCUCAAUAUGAAGACGAAGGAGAUUAAAAAAACCUGGGAGGUGCCAAGUACAGUUUGGAAAUUGUUUGACAGUCGUGAAAUGGCAGAAGAGGCUAUGCUCAAGAUCGCUAAGAAAAGAGCAGAAAGUUCCAGUACCAUGGAGGAAGAAAGAUCUCCGCAAGAGGCAUGGAAAACCCCGGCGCCAGAUGAUCGGAACGAGACCCAGUCAGGUACUGGAGUGGAGACAAUGUCUUCAGCUAUUUCAGAUGCGAUCCCAUCUACAGCCGUCAACGGAGGCAUGACUACACUACCAAAGUACUAUUUACCAAGCCUGUUAGAUAAUGUGUUACCGUUCAGGGACGGUCUAUUGAACAUGUUAACGCCCACCGAAGUAUCCAUGCUGUCAGCAGUCGGAGGCGUGGAACUCAGCGAUCAAGAGAAGCGCAGAUACUUGGACCUCAGAAGGGAAAUAGUGUGGAUCCAGCCUUUCUUUGAGGAGUUAAUACCGCUGGGCUACAAACCCAUGUUUUUGGGUAGGGACCUCGAAACACUUUCUCUUAGGAUCUCGUAUCCCUUACUGUACCACUCCGAAGGGUGGCGGCAACUGAAUGUCAUGCUUUUGUUGCCAAACUGUGCAAAGUGUCAGUGUGUGCUUGCGGCUACAAUUAUGUCGUUGCGCGACAGGUAUGCUCACACAAUGCUAGGAAAGAAUAUCGAAGAUGCGGUGUACGAGACUGUCGCCUUCGCCCCUAUUGGGCCGUAUGGAGUGCGUGUCGAAUGCACGUACAUGAAGUUUGAAGCUAGAAGCGACCACAAUUGUGGACCCGCUCCGGUUGGACCGGGAGCGUUUGCCUAUCGGCACAUAGAAGAAAGUGAAGUAUGCACUACUUUGAUUAGGGUUACUGGCCCAGAUACCUGGGAGACUUUCAAAAUAGAUGCGACAGCCGACAAGUGGAGGGUUGUAAAGGUGCUAGUCGCUAAUUCAAACCGUUCACCUCGCGACUCUAUUACAGUAGUCAGCGGAGUCCGUAUGAAUCAUAAUUUGGGCGGAGGACCGACAAUCGGCAGCGUCGGCGAUAUCACAACAGACGCUGACUGGAGUUUGGCCGAGGCUUUCCAUUAG